UUGUGGGAAGUUUGGUGUGUGCAAUGCAAAGAGCAAGGUGCUGUGUCAUUGUCCUCCUGGUUUCAGCCCGGUUUCGUUGGAGGAUUGGGAAGGUGGGCGAUACUCUGAAGGCUGUGAAAGGGUGAUUUCAGAAUGCAACCGCAGAAGAUCAUUCUUGAAUAUAACGCUCAUGAGAGUUGGGGUGGCAUCAAGCCAUUUGAUCAAGCUGAGAACGAGGCGUCAUGCAAAGAGACAUGUUUGAAUGAAUGCAAAUGCCAGGCUUACUAUUUUAAAGAUGAUGAUCCGCGUGGCAGAGAAACUAGUACUAAUGGAAAAUGCUGGAUUUGGAUGGACAAUGUUGAAAAUCUUCAUCAAGAUUCCAUGGAUGGUAGCAUUAGCCUCUCUCUACGUGUCUCCGACGCAAACUCCACAGCGCGAACCUGUGAACCGUGUGGCACCACCAGCUCAAUUCACAUACCGUAUCCUCUAAGCACAGGUCCUAGUUGUGGUGACUCUUCGUAUGAUAGUUUUGAGUGCAAUGACAUUACCAUCUUCAACACAUUAAGUGGGAAGUACCAAGUCACCGCCAUUGAUAAGGAGAAUCUUAGAUUUUCUAUUCUAGUUGGCUCAGAAACUGCCCAAACUUGUAACGGCAGAAACUCAUCUACCCAUGUGGUGACUCUCAAUCACUCUUUGCCAUUCACUGUAACUAACUGGUGCUAUUUCGAACCUAUUACUGGUCCUCAUCAAGUAGAGAUCGGUUGGAAGCCUCCAUCGGAGCCAAGCUGUGAUUCGUCGAUGGGCUGUGAAGAUUGGCCUACUUCAGAUUGCCAUGAUAGGGGCAAUGGGUCGAGAUGCUACUGUAGAGAGGGCUAUCAAUGGAAUGGCUCUUUGGCAAAUUGUAGUGAAGCCUUGAGAAACUCGGGGAAUGACUACAAGAGAAGAAACAGAAUUCUAGUUUCUGUUGUGGCUGUGGCACUUAUACUAGUUUCGUGCUCAAGCUAUGUCUUCUAUCGAAGAAAGAAGGCAAAACAACAAGCAGGAAAUUUGGAGAGCAGUGAAGGUGAAAGACAAGUAAAUGACUUGAUGCUUGAAAAUGUCAAAGCCAUUGAUGUUCCUUUCUACGAUUUGGACAUGAUCUUAUGUGCCACUGAUAACUUCUCAAACGCCCAUAAGCUCGGGCAAGGUGGAUUUGGGCCGGUUUAUAAGGGGAAGUUUCGGGAAGGACUUGAAGUCGCGGUGAAGAGGCUAUCGAGCUGCUCAGGUCAGGGAGUCGAGGAAUUUCUCAACGAGGUCGUCUUAAUUGCCAAGCUUCAACAUAGGAAUCUUGUAAGGCUUCUGGGAUACUGCAUCAAGGGAGAUGAGAAAAUCUUGCUAUAUGAAUACAUGCCUAACAGAAGCUUGGAUGCCUUCAUAUUUGACGAACACAAUCGCUUGCUACUCGACUGGAAGAGGAGGUCUGACAUCAUCUUGGGGAUUGCUCGAGGGCUGCUGUAUCUUCACCAAGAUUCGAGGUUGAGAAUCAUUCAUCGCGAUCUAAAAACGAGCAACAUCUUGCUAGAUGAAGAUAUGAACCCCAAGAUUUCUGAUUUUGGUUUGGCAAGGAUCGUUGAAGGCAAGAGAACAGAGGCAAGCACAAACAAAGUGGUCGGAACCUAUGGCUAUAUGUCUCCGGAGUACGCGUUGGAUGGGAAGUUCUCGACCAAAUCUGAUAUUUUCAGCUUCGGAGUUGUAAUGCUUGAGAUACUAAGUGGGAGGAAGAACACAGGAUUCUAUAAUCCAGAACAAGUCAUGAAUCUACUAGGCUAUACAUGGAGAUUGUGGUGUGACAACAAGGCCAUAGACAUGAUCGAUCCAACGUUGCUCGAAUCAUGUGAGAAAUCCGAAGUGAUCAAGUGCAUAAACAUCGGACUACUAUGUGUCCAAGAAGACCCCGAUGACCGGCCCUCCAUGGCAACCGUUGUCGUGAUGCUGGGGAGCAAGACCAACCCUCUUCCCCUCCCAUCUCAGCCGGCAUUCGUUGUGCGGCGACGGCUUUCAAGCACGUCGUCGUCAUCAUCAUCUGCCUCUACGAAACCAAAAACGAUCUCCGUCAACGACCUCACCCUUACUAUGGAGCAAGGACGAUGACGAGAGGUUUUAUACUUGUAUUCACAGUUCUAGUGGCGGAUGCAGAAAAUAAUAAAAUAGUGGGGGGGGGGGGGUUGAUACCAAUAUUAUCUAAUAAAUAUGGACGAGCGGUCCGGAUCACUGAGCCUAGCCUAUAUAUGGAUCGAUCCAAGCCAGCCUUUCAAGUACGAGGACAUGUGAUGUGGACUCGUGUGAUAACCGUUCCAUUGGUCAAAAGCGGCAAAACGGAAGAAGGAGAAGACAAUGCAGUAAGUAAAACUGGGGGUGAGAAUUAGUAUAUGGAUACAUAAAUGGAUUGGAUUCAUUCACUAAGAAAAUACUCUAAAGUAUGCCAAUUAGAAUUACACUAGUUUGUAAUUUUUUUUAUUUGUUAA